GUCCACUUCCAACUUCCAACGUCGGCGCAACACAUUGCCUCGCCUGCUCGGCUCUCGACGGCUCCAACCACUGCCUCCGACGCAUCGUCACGACCAUGAGCGGCCCCAUCAGCAUCGGUUCCGUCGCCGAGUGGCAGUCGCUGCUCUCUGGCACCAACGUCGUCAUUGCAGACUUCUACGCCGACUGGUGCGGCCCCUGCAAGAUGAUUGCGCCGCACUUCGAGCGCCUCGCCAAGGAGCAUUCGCGGCCCAAGAAAGUUGCCUUCGCCAAGGUCAACGUCGACACCCAGUCAGCUAUCGCCCGCACCAACGGCGUUUCCGCGAUGCCCACCUUCAAGGUCUUCCACGGAGGCAACUGUGUCGACACCAUCAAGGGCGCGAACCCUUCGGCCCUGAGCGAGGCCAUAUCCAAGGCAGCGAAGCUCGCGGACACGCCCGGCGCGGGGAAACCUGGCGACGCCUUCAAGACGCCGGGGCGGACGCUCGGCGGCGACGCGCCGGCGGCCAGGCGGGCGACGGGUCCCUCCUUCAAUCUGACGGGCCUGCUAAACGUGCUGGUCGUCUUUGUCGGGUUGUAUCUGGUGUCUCUAUUUUCGGCACGUAGCAAAAAGGAGGAGUGACGGCCCCCAGUCGAGGGACAAUAUUGCUGACAAGUGUCUCGCCGAGCAGUUCGACGCGCGCAAGGCGGCCGAGUCGUCAUGGUUCAACAUUCACAAGGCUACGUCGGGCGGAAAGAAGCCUGCUCCAGGGCAGGCCGGCGGUCACGGAGGAGCGGCGAGGGCGCCGGCGCAGAAGCCUGCGUUUAGGACGCUGGCCGAUUUGGGAUCGGAUUGAAAUGCGAUGAUAUGACGUGCAUGGCGUUGGAGUCAUUGAUGCGAUGUUUCUUGAAUGAGGGUUUAUACGUGGCUAUGCGAGCCGCCACGGGUCACGGUUUGAGUCUUACUCAUAUUCCUAUUGGCUAGACGUAUGGAGGAACGUGAGAUGAACUUUUUUCCAACCCGCGAUGGCCUGCCCGCUUCAUACCCUCGCGAAGCCGAGGAAGUCAACCAC